UUUUUUUUCUUCGUUCUCAUCCAUUUCUCUCUAUUCUCUUCUUCACCAUUUCCACCGAUUUACUUUCAGACACUCACUCUCCGAUUCUCUCACACAAUCUUUAGGGUUUCAUCUUCUCCUCGAUCUUCUUCUUUUCGUUUCUUUUUCAUUUCUCACUGUGUCGCAGUCUCGAUUUAGAAUAUUCUAUUUCUUCUCCUGUCUUGGCUCGAGAUCCGGGCCAAGCACAGAAGAAUCAAGUUCUGAUUUGCAUUUCGCAACUGCCGGUGAACGUGUUUGUAUUGUUGGUCUGUUUUGGUUCUCUUCGUGAAAAUGGCGUCCAACGAGGGAUUUCUGACUGAUGGACAGAGGGAAAUGUUGAAAAUUGCUAGUCAAAAUGCUGAGAAUCUGUCGUCAUCACCGAAGUCACCAUCGUCCUUACUUUCUGAUCAUCACAUCAAAGCCCCUGCUGGUGGUAAGGCUCAAACUGCUGGGAUAGCUGUGAGGCAUGUCCGACGGUCGCACUCUGGAAAGUAUGGGCGGGCGAAGAAGGAUGGUGCUGGUGGUAAGGGCACCUGGGGAAAAUUGAUGGACACAGAUGUUGAUUCUCACAUAGACCGCAAUGAUCCAAAUUAUGACAGUGGCGAGGAACCCUAUCAGCUGGUUGGAUCUACUGUUACUGACCCCUUGGAUGAAUUCAAGAAAGCAGUGGUAUCUCUCAUAGAAGAAUACUUCAGUAAUGGGGAUGUAGAUUUGGCAGCAUCUGAUCUCAGAGAACUUGGCUCAAGUGAAUAUUAUCCAUACUUCAUUAAGCGACUUGUUUCCAUGGCAAUGGACAGGCAUGAUAAGGAGAAAGAAAUGGCUUCUGUUCUGCUUUCAGCAUUGUAUGCUGAUGUCAUUAGUCCCACACAGAUUAGGGAUGGAUUUUUUAUGCUUAUUGAAUCUGCUGAUGAUCUUGCAGUGGAUAUCCUGGAUGCAGUUGACAUCCUUGCUUUAUUCCUGGCACGUGCUGUUGUUGAUGACAUUCUUCCUCCAGCCUUUCUUGCAAGAGCAAGGAAGGCUCUUCCAGAAUCUUCCAAGGGAGUUCAGGUAAUCCAGACUGCUGAGAAGAGUUAUCUCUCAGCUCCACACCAUGCAGAACUUGUGGAAAGACGAUGGGGUGGUAGCACUCACAUUACUGUUGAAGAAGUGAAGAAAAAGAUUGCUGAUUUACUUCGAGAAUAUGUGGAUAGCGGUGAGACACUUGAAGCCUGUAGAUGCAUACGUGAGUUGGGAGUUUCUUUCUUCCAUCACGAGGUUGUGAAGAAGGCUAUGGUACUUGCCAUGGAGAUUCCUUCUGCAGAACCUCUACUGUUGAAGCUAUUAAAAGAAGCAGCCGAAGAAGGACUAGUAAGUUCCAGCCAAAUGGUGAAAGGGUUUUCCCGAUUGGCAGAAGGUCUAGAUGAUCUUGCUCUUGAUAUUCCAUCAGCUAAAGUCUUAUUUCAGUCAUUUGUCCCCAAAGCAAUCUCUGAAGGAUGGCUUGAUGCUUCCUUUACCAAUCCAGCUGGUGAAGAUGGGGAUUACCAAGUUGAAGAUGAGAAAGUGAGGAAGUACAAAAAGGAAGUUGUGACUAUAAUUCAUGAGUAUUUUCACUCUGAUGACAUUCCUGAACUCAUUCGAAGUCUAGAAGAUCUUGGAGUUCCCGAGUAUAACUCAAUAUUUUUGAAGAAGCUAAUAACACUUGCAAUGGACCGAAAGAACAGAGAAAAGGAAAUGGCAUCUGUUUUGCUAUCUGCACUUCAUAUAGAGAUAUUCUCAACGGAGGAUAUAGUUAAUGGUUUUGUCUUGCUUCUGGAAAAUGCAGAAGAUACAACACUGGAUAUACUGGAUGCUUCAAAAGAACUUGCUCUUUUCUUAGCUCGGGCUGUGAUUGAUGAUGUACUUGCCCCAUUGAACUUGGAGGAAAUUGGCAGCAGGCUACCACCAAAGGGCAGUGGUAGUGAAACUGUGCGUAUGGCUCGAACACUCAUUGCUGCUCGUCACGCGGGUGAAAGGCUUUUGAGAUGCUGGGGUGGGGGAACUGGAUGGGCUGUGGAGGAUGCUAAGGACAAGAUCAUGAAGCUCUUGGAGGAGUACGAAAGUGGUGGGGUUGUCAGUGAAGCAUGCCAAUGUAUUCGCGACUUGGGUAUGCCUUUCUUCAACCACGAGGUAGUGAAGAAAGCCUUGGUUAUGGCCAUGGAGAAGAAGAAUGAUAGGAUGCUAGAUCUGCUGCAGGAGUGCUUUAGUGAAGGCUUAAUCACCAUCAAUCAGAUGACUAAAGGAUUCACUCGAAUUAAUGAUGGUCUUGAUGAUUUGGCUCUGGACAUCCCAAACGCAAAGGAAAAAUUUGCUUUCUAUGUGGAGUAUGCCCAGACGAAGGGCUGGCUUCUACCAUCAUUUGAUUCCUCUGCCUCAGAUGUGUAAACUUACCCAGGGCUGCAGCCUUGAGGAUGGCAUAGAUAUUCAUUGUUUCUCCUGUGUAUGUUGCCCUCCCAUUGAAGAUGGAUAAACUGGGAUGCUUUGACAUGAUCCUUUUUAUUUGGUCUGUUACUUGACAUUUUUCUUUUAGAAUCAUAUCUCACUGGGAUUCCUGUUAUCUCAGUCGUUGUAUAAAGUCGGUCUUACUUCAUUUACAGCUUUUCAGGAUGAUGUUCCAUCAAGAGUUAGUUGUCUUUUUAACAUGGACUCUUUUGAUGAAUGGUUUUGGUGCACUUUUAUUUUUACACCAAUGGUAAGAGUUUGAAAGAUA